CCAGGUAUAAAAUGCACGGCCCGCCACUGUACUGUUGGGUAAGUUUGUGUGGACAACAUGGAGAGUGUGUCUUUAACUAGAAGUCAGUUCACUGGACCUUUAUGUUCGACAUCAGUCCUUUGCUCUUUGUGUUGCUUUGCUCUAUUCUCUGAGCUUUAAAAAAGCCAACAUGAACGACAUUCCACUUCAUCUUGUAUGUUUGAACCUUUGGCACUAUUAUCACUUGCUUUUUUGUUUAGUUGCCUUUUGUUUGCCUUCUGGGAUUAUCUUUCUUUGAUCUAUGGCAAGGCGAGAUCCUUUCAGUACGUGAGCUCUACACAUGCCUGACUUAGUGAGUGACCUACUUUUUGUGUUGGGGCUGUUGGAUAGUAUACGCACUCUUUGUGAGCUGAGAAUGUAGGUGUGGCCAGGCUAACAACCAAAUAUUAAACAGAGGCUUUCUGCAAGAGCUGAGACGGAGAAUUGCAAACUAUUGAAGAGGAAAUGGCAGCUCAAGCAGUCAGCGUGCUUAUCACAGGAGCCAACAGAGGCCUGGGCCUGGAAAUGGUUAAGCAAAUGGUUGAGGGCUCCCUUCCAGUGAGAAAGCUGUUCGCCUGCUGCAGGGAACCAGCUGGACCCAGGGCUGAGGCCUUGCAAACACUGGCAAAGAAGCACCCUGACGUCAUCGUUGUCGUCCGUCUGGACGCCACUGACCUUUGUAGCAUUAAACUGUGUGCGCAGCAGGUGGGCUCUGUGGUUGGGACGGGUGGUCUCAACCUGCUGAUUAACAACGCAGGCAUACUGGUUAAAGCCACCGUGCAGGAAACCACUACUGAAGACAUGCAGAACACCUUCAACACCAAUGUCAUUGGCCCUAUGAACAUCAUUAAAGAGUUCCUGCCUCACCUUCGUGCAGCAGCGAAGGCCAGUAGGAUAACAGGGAUGUCCAGCAGCAAAGCAGCCGUCGUCAGCAUCUCCUCAUUUCUGGGUUCAUUGGAAGUUGUAAAACAGUCAUAUGCCCACUUCCGUGCCGUCCCCUACCGCGUCAGCAAAGCAGGUUUGCAUAUGCUGACACUGUGUGCUGCAGAGGAGCUAAAGACGGAUGAGAUCCUGUUUUCUCUGAUACACCCUGGCUGGGUGCGCACUGACAUGGGUGGAGAGGAGGGGGAGAUCGAUGCUCCGGACAGUGUGAAGGGGAUGCUCAGUGUGAUGGCGUCCCUGACUGAGGAGCAGAACGGAGCCUUCCUGAGCUACCAGGGCAAUACCCUCCCCUGGUAGCUUUAAGCAACCACUUCAUAAACUGCAGUCAAUCACUAACUGAAAAUAAAAUAAACCAAUACUUGUGCUCAUUACUUUGCCUACAUCGUGCUCAUUUUACACAUAAGCAUGCACUUAGAUGAGUUGAUACACUCUUUGG